AUGAGCGGAAAGACAGCGACUGACUCACAGGUGUCGGCGGAAAACGGCAUAGCAACUGUCGCAGAUGAUGCCGCGCUUAAGAGCAGCCAAGAAGAAAACCAGGAGACCACAACAUCGCGAGAAACAGAAACGAAUGAACUCAACACGGGAGAAAUUGUUUCAGGUUGUAGUACAGCCGAAGUUGAUUCCGAUAUUUCUUCGAAUCGUAGCGAGGUUAUGGGUAAAGAAGAAAACUUUCAACUUGGAAAUACAAGCAUAUCACUUAAAAAUUCGGUUUCUACGGAAAGUAGCUUCGUGACAGACGAAGGAAAACACGAUAAUUUGCCGGUUGGGGAUUCUAAUGAUGACGCGGCCGCCGGGAAAUAUGAAGAGUCAAAUAUUCCAGGGACUGAGAUUGAUCCUUUCACCCAAUCUGUGAAAUAUUUGGAAAAGCAUCAGAUUUUAAGACUGUUUCAGGUGAGGAUGUUACGGUGUUAAAAUGAUUAUAAAUCUCUACACUUGUAAAAGGAACUAAUUUAAAUUCAGUCUAGAAUGUCAGUUAUAUAACUGGCAAUACAUUUAAUUUCGCAAUGUUUAGGGCUUGGGCCUUAGAUUGAUGGCAGUUUUCUUACCAUGACAUCCAAGUUCAUGUUUUGUAACUUGCGGAAUACAAUUUGAGGACGAAAGAUUAACUCUUAAAAGAUUCCAGCUGAACUAGAAACGGUAGCAUAUUCCAGAUUAUUUUCUCUCAAGAUCGUAUAAUUGUUUCGUGUGCAGUAGAACCCCAGUAACUCGAACUCUGAAGGGAGACGAAAAAGAGUUCGAGUUUGCAGGGAAUUCGAAUUAUCAGGGUAAAUUUCAGUGAAAUUUUGAUCAAGGGAAAGGAAAUUUAGUUCGAGUUAGCGGGGAAUUCGAGUUAUCCGAGUUCGAGUUAUCGAGAUUCUACUGUAUUUUGCUAUUUCUGAGUGAAUGGGCUCUCUGUUUUUCACAAUUAUUUCCUUUUAAUGUCUUUUACACUUUUUGUAUCUUGAAAGAGCACAAAAAAGAAUGUUGAUGUUGUUGUUGUAUUUUCUGCUGCAAGCGGAGACCUUUUCCAUUUUAAACUGACUAUAAGCUACAGUCAACUUACAGACCCCUGUAGGGAUAACUGAAAUUGAAGGAUCCGGAGUGACUGGGCAAAUAGCGUAUCGUACGCCGGUAAAUUAAAUGACGGUUACGAGGAUAUAUGCUUCCGUUUUUUGUUUUUGCCUUUGUUUUCUUAAAUCAUUUUCCAUGUUCUGACCGAACGUCUAUGACUGAUUGACUUUGGUUGACUAGUUGACUAUCUGAACUGAGCUAUAAACCACGAAGUCGCGAACCGAUCGAAUCCGGCCCAACCUUAAACCUCAGGGGCGGAUCCAGGAUUUUUUUUAGGAGGGGGUGCACUCGUCUCUUGCUCUACUUGAACACCAAUAAACCACAUAGUUUUUUUUUGCAGAAUACCAGUUGUAUUACAAAACCGCAGGUCAUCUCAGGGGGGGUGCACACCCUCUGCUCCCUCCCCCUAGAUCCGCCCCUGAACCUUAACUUUCGCCCUUGUUUUCAUGCAGAACUUUGCUGCUCAAAUCGUGUACAAGAGACCUGAAAAUCCACUUCAGUAUUUAGUGGAGGAGUUGGAAAGACGACGUGAAGAGACCGCCACGGAUAGCUGCCGUACUGAGGAUUCUGGGCUGCUGUCAUGA